AUGUUAGAUGAUGAAGUUACAAUAACGUUAUCAUCUGUAAUUGCAUUUGUUUGUGGUGUAAUAUUAACUUUAUUUUGGUAUUACUCAAAUCAUUUUUUAUUUGUUAAUUUUUUAUCGAUAUGCUCAUGUAUAACAGCAUUUUCAUUCAUGAGAUUAAAUAAUUUAAGAGGAUUAACUUUACUUUUAUGGACAUUUUUAAUUUAUGAUGUUUUUUGGGUAUUUUAUAGUAGUUUCUUUUUUGGUGAGAGUGUAAUGGAAAAAGUAGCAGUUAAGGUUUUAGAUAAAUUUUAUUUACCAAUGUUAAUUUCUGUUCCAAAAUUUUUUGGUGGUGGUUUUUCAUCAUUAGGUAAUGGUGAUAUUGUAUUACCAGGUAUUUAUAUGUGUCAAUUAUAUUUCUUGGAUAAAUAUUAUAAAUUUGGUGAGAAAAAUAAUAAUAAUAAUAAUAAUAAUAAUAAUAGUGGUAACAAUGGUAAUAAUAAUAAUAAUAAUAAUAAUAAUAAUAAUAAUAAUAAUAAUAAUAAUAAUAAUAAUAAUAAUAAUAAUAGUAAUUUUGUUGGAUACUUUAAAAUCUCUGUGAUUGGUUAUAUUUCUGGUUUGGUAAUUUCAUUAUUCGCUGUUUUAAUUACAGAGUCUGGUCAACCUGCAUUAUUAUACCUUGUCCCAACUGUAACUUUACCAACAAUUUUCUUUGCUCAUAAACGUGGUCAUCUUUCAAUUUUAAUGAAACCAAUUCCAAAACCAAAACAAGAUCAAGAAAGUUUAAUAAAUUCUUGA